UCUAUUUACAAAAGUUGCCAGGGCUCAAAGAAAAUUCGACUUCAACACUUCUUCACUCCUGAAAAAUCAACUGUCAUGAGCUUGACGUGUAUGUCACAAUACCUGUUUGCUGGCUUGGUAAAUGGAAACAUUGCAAUCUACACAAAAACAGAAGAUGGAACAUGGAACACGGAACCUCAGAAGACAGUUAAACUGGGGGUUCUGCCUGUUAGAAGUCUGCUUGUGAUGGAAGAUACCAUUUGGGCUGCAUGUGGUGGACAAAUUUUUAUAAUCAGCACAGUGACUCAUUUUAUAGAGAACCAUUUUGAAGCUCAUCAAGAGGAAGGUAUGGUAAUCUCUCACAUGGCUGUUGCUGGAGUGGGAGUCUGGAUUGCCUUCACAUCUGGAUCUACACUUCGCCUGUUCCACACUGAGACACUGAAACACCUCCAGGAUGUUAACAUUGCCACGCCUGUUCACAAUAUGUUGCCAGGUAGCUGAAUCACACCAUAUAACAAAAAAAAAAACAACUGUUUUGUUUUGUCUCUCACUGUUAUUUUCCAGACAGUUGUAGAUAAGGCCAGAAUCAGAACAUCUGUCUUUGUCUUUAUAGCUAUCUCAUGACUGAUUACUUGAGUAAAUCACAGUCCUUGUCUGCCCAAAAGAAUGACAUAUGCAAUGAGCUUGUU